AGGGUUUAAUCCCCUCUCCCCUCAAAACCUCCAUGGACGGAGCUCCAGGCCCCACCGCCACCGCCACCGCCCACGCCGCCGCUCCAUGAUCCGCCGCCGCGCGGCGGCGGUAGCGACACUACGCGCCUCCCUGCGCCGCACCUGCUCCCACGCCGCCGGCGACUCCGAGGACCCCCUGCUCGGCCUCGUCGAGCCACCCGCGCCGCCGCAACCGCCACCCCGGUCUCGCCUCGGCCCCAGAGACUUCGAGUUUCUUCGGGAGCCCGCCGCCGCCGCCGCGGCCGGUGCCCUCCCGCCACCGGAGGCCGUGCUGAUCUCCAAGGCGAUCCGGGCAUUCGGCGCCGACUUCGACGGCAAGGCGGAGCGCGUCCUGCGGCGGUGCCGCGGGUUCCUGACCGACUCCGUCGUGGUGGCGGUGCUCGGGGCGGUGCGCGACGCCCCGGAGCUCUGCGCGAGGUUCUUCCUCUGGGCCGAGCGGCAGGUUGGGUACAGCCACACGGGCGCAUGCUACGACGCCCUUGCGGAUGCGUUGGGUUUCGACGGCCGCGCCAGGGAUGCCGAGAGGCUGCUUAGGGAGAUUGGGGAGGAGGACCGCGAGGUGCUCGGCAGAUUGCUCAAUGUGCUAGUGCGGCGGUGCUGCCGCGGAGGGAUGUGGAACGAGGCGCUGGAGGAGCUCGGGAGGCUGAAGGACUUUGGGUACAGGCCGUCUAAGGUGACCUACAAUGCACUGGUCCAGGUGCUCUCGAGCGCGGGGCAGGUGGACUUGGGGUUCCGGGUUCAGAAGGAGAUGUCCGAGUCGGGGUUCUGCAUGGACCGGUUCACCGUUGGGUGCUUUGCGCACGCUCUGUGCAAAGAGGGGCGGUGGGCUGAUGCACUAGACAUGAUAGAGAGGGAGGAUUUCAAGCUUGAUACAGUAUUAUGCACACAUAUGAUCAGCGGGCUGAUGGAGGCAUCGUAUUUUGACGAGGCCAUGUCAUUCCUCCAUAGGAUGCGAUGCAACUCAUGUAUUCCAAAUGUGGUCACAUAUAGGACGUUGCUCUCAGGAUUUUUGAAAAAGAAACAGCUUGGCUGGUGCAAGAGGAUCAUUAAUAUGAUGAUGACUGAGGGCUGCAAUCCAAAUCCAUCCUUGUUUAAUUCCCUUGUGCAUAGUUAUUGCAAUGAAAAGGAUUAUGCGUAUGCCUAUAAACUUUUAAAUAGGAUGACUACUUGUGGUUGCCCUCCUGGUUAUGUUGUGUACAAUAUUUUUAUUGGAAGUAUAUGUGGUCAGGAGAAAUUACCAAGCCCUGAUUUGCUGGAUUUAGCUGAGAAAAUUUAUGGAGAGAUGCUGGCUGCUAAUUGUGUUCUUAAUAAGGUUAACGUUGCCAAUUUUGCUCGAUGCCUUUGUGGUGUCGGGAAGUUUGACAAGGCAUUUCAGCUCAUAAAGGAGAUGAUGAGGAAAGGUUUUGUCCCUGAUACAAGUACAUACUCUAAGGUGAUCACUUUUCUCUGCCAUGCUACUAAGGUAGAGAAAGCUUUCCUUCUGUUCCAAGAGAUGAAGAUGGUCGGUGUAACUCCUGAUGUGUAUACAUACACAAUUUUGAUUGACAGCUUUUGUAAAGCUGGACUCAUUGAACAAGCCCAGUGGUUGUUUGAGGAGAUGAGGAGUGUGGGUUGCUCCCCAACUGUGGUGACAUAUACUGCACUUAUUCAUGCUUACCUCAAAGCUAAGCAGGUACCUCAGGCUAAUGAUAUUUUUCACCGAAUGGUUGAUGCUGGCUGUCGUCCAAAUGAUGUUACUUAUGGUGCAUUGGUAGAUGGUCUCUGUAAAGCAGGCAACAUCAGUAAGGCUUUUGAAGUCUAUGCCAAAUUAAUUGGAACUUCUGAUAGCGCCGAUUCUGAUUUUUACUUUCCAUGUGAGGACAGACACACACUUGCUCCAAAUGUUGUGACAUAUGGUGCACUAGUAGAUGGUUUAUGCAAAGCUCACAAAGUGGACCAUGCUCAUGAAUUACUAGAUGCUAUGUUAUCUUCUGGUUGCGAGCCCAAUCACAUUGUGUACGAUGCUCUUAUUGAUGGCUUUUGCAAAGCUGGAAAAAUUGACAGUGCUCAGGAGGUAUUUCUGCAGAUGACAAAGUGUGGGUACCUUCCCAGUGUACAUACGUACACCUCGUUGAUUGACAGGAUGUUCAAGGAUGGAAGACUUGAUCUUGCAAUGAAAGUUCUCUCUCAGAUGUUAAAGGAUUCUUGUACUCCUAAUGUUGUUACGUACACAGCUAUGAUUGAUGGUCUUUGUAGGAUAGGUGAAAGUGAGAAGGCACUAAAGCUUCUGUCAUUGAUGGAAGAGAAAGGAUGCAGUCCGAAUGUUGUAACUUACACUGCUCUAAUAGAUGGAUUAGGCAAAGCUGGCAAGAUUGAUCUGAGUCUUGACCUUUUUACACAAAUGAGCAGAAAAGGAUGUUCUCCCAAUUAUGUUACGUACAGAGUUCUGAUAAACCACUUGUGUGCUGCUGGCCUUUUGGAUAAGGCUCGUUUACUGCUUGGUGAAAUGAAGCAGACUUACUGGCCAAAGUACUUACAAGGAUACCGUUGUGCAAUUCAAGGUUUCAGCAAGAGCUUUAUCGCUUCUCUGGGUAUUCUGGAGGAGAUGGAAUCAUAUGGCACAGUACCAAUUGCACCUGUUUAUGGAAUGCUGAUCGAUUGUUUCUCCAAAGCUGGCAGGCUGGAGAUAGCUAUGGAGUUGCACAAAGAGAUGAUGGAAGUUCCGUCAUCUGUAAAAACUGACAAUGACAUGUACGCUUCAUUGAUCCAGGCACUUUGUUUAGCAUCUCAAGUUGAGGAAGCAUUUCGAUUGUAUAGUGAAAUGACAAGGAGAGGCUUUGUACCUGAGUUAAGUGUCUUUGUUUGCCUCAUAAAGGGAUUAGUUGAAGUAAAAAAGUGGGACGAAGCCCUCCAGUUGUGCUAUGGCAUAUGUCAUGAGGGUGUGAACUGGCAGGGUAACAAAUCUUUUCAUGGAGGCUAGAGCUGUUUUGUCUUACUGCAUCAUAAAUCAUGCAAAUGACAACACUUCCACCUAAGGAGUCAUGUUCUUGUAUCUCAAGAUUGUUGCGAGAUGUGGUGACUCAGAGACCUAAAGUGCAAUUCAUGAUGACUCAAGAAAAAUAACUCGGAGGCCAUGGAAUAACACUACAGAAUGAACAAUCCUGCAUGAAAAGAUGUACCAUGGAUAGCUGAUUCAUCUUCAGAUGGGCAAAGCCACAAAGGAAUCUCGCUAUGGUUAUCAAGUUCAACAUUUGUAUAUAAGGCAACGAUGGUUAUACAAAAGGCAUUUGACUGAAAAUAAUCUCAAAGUUUCAUAGUUCCUUUAUUCAUCAAAUUAACUGAUAUUUUCACCCUUCUAUUUCCUUAAAUUUCUUCUUCAGUGAUAGAGUAAUGGAGAUAUACUAUCAGCCUUUUUGUUCGUUCUCAAAUUUUUAAUGAUUAUUUGAAUGAUAUUUGAACUGAUAUUAUCAACUGUAAUUAUCUCACAGUUAAAUGUUUGACAACAUUUUGUUGACCAGUUUGUACCGUCUGAGUCCUUGAUCUCAGCAUGUCACGGACUUCAGUCCUGUUUAUAGAACCUCUAUAUUUAUAUCACAAAGAAAAUGCCUAUAAGGUGAGUUGUGUUAAGAUCCUUCACCAGCUAUGCCUGCCAUCUUACUUCACUCUGGUAGCUUCAUAUUUGAUCCAGAAGGUUUUUCAUGCCUUGCUAAACAUUAAUCUGUGCCAUCCAACUGAUUUUUGGAAGUUAAUUAAUGCCCAGAAUUUUUUUCCCCAAUUUGCUACUAUAUAAUUAGUUUUAGCAUACUAGUACCAUAUUUUUACCAUACCUAGAAUCUACCUGCAGCUGCAAUGCCUUCAACACUAGUAGUAUAUGACAUGUUGCUAUAUUGGUUGCCUUUUAAUUUAAAAGUUCUGUAUGGCUGUUAUUGAAUAUAUAUUGGAUCAAACAAGUAUUGUGGUUCAUAUUUCCUUUCAUCCAGUUGUGCAUUUAUUAUGGUGUCGAGGGCAAAAUAGGAGAAUGUGAAGAUGCUUUCUUGAAGAAAAAAAGAAAACCAUGCGUCUGUGCAGAAUUCUAAUCUUUCUGAUUUCAAUUUGCAGUUGAGACGGGGGAUAGUAAGCAUAUGUAGCUGACUGGCUCACCAUUGCAUGGAAUAUACAUCCUUUUGGGAAACUAUGAAAAUCAGUAGAGUUCAAUUUCUUCAUGGGUUUACUGCUAAAUGUAAAUUUUGCAUUAUGGAUAUGCUUUCUUGGUGCCUGCAUAGAUGCAUUCUAGUAGAGUUCAAUUUCUUCAUGGGUUUACUGCUAAAUGUAAAUUUUGCGUUAUGGAUAUGCUUUCUUGGUGCCUGCAUAGAUGCAUUCUGAUGCACUGUUGUAGUAGUUGAUAAUUUUGAGGAAAUGGGUGGAUUAUACAUCAAGUGGCUGUUGCAUCAUAGUCAUAGAUUCAUAAAAAUGUAUUUAUUGAUCAACUUGUGAAGUUCACAAAGCACUAUGUAUGGUUCAUGACCAUUAUCAUGGUCGCAUAAGAUCUUUGGGCAGAUCAUGAUGCAGACGUACUGAGCAGGCCAGUGCUGUGCGGACUAA